GGGACCAUCACCUUCCUUGCCAACAUCAAAAGGAGAACGAACACAACACAGCCCGUAUCGAAGAAGCGAACCUUGCCAUCGAUAUAACGAGAUAUUCCACAUAAUAAUCAACGAGAAACGACUCAGCAUAGUAUCGAGUUAUACGAGAAGCGACACCUGAAGCAAAAUGGCCGACGCCUUCGAACGUGAACAACAAAACAAUGCGCUCCUAAACUCUCUCUCGUCGAAGGUCUCCGCGCUGAAGUCCGUUACCAUUGAUAUCUAUGAUAAUGCGAGGGAUCAGGAUACGUUGGAUCAUUCGAACCAAGUCUUUUCCUCCCUCUCCACGAAUCUGAAAGGUAGCGCGAGUCGCUUAACUCGUAUGGCGCGGCAGGGUGAUACCGUUGCGGUGUUGAAGGUCGCUGGUAUUGUGGUGACGGUUGUGGUGGCGAUUUGGAUUAUCCUGGGGUGGAUUUUCUGAUUCGAUUCGAUUUGAUACUGGAGUGGUGGGUCGGUGGUGAGCAUGAUACUUUUGUAUUGUCUACUGGCUGGCUGGGGGGUAAGUGGUUGGGUAGGAGUUGUUAUCUGGGGGUAUUGACUCGCGGGCGAGUUGAUACUCUUAUCUACUACCUGUCUGCUCACUUACCUGCAUACUUAUUUUAUUUUCUUAAUUACUUAUAGGUCAUAUUAUUAUAUGUUAUUAUAUGGGAAUGGGAGGUGGGUGGUUUGCGUUGUGAUGUGCAUAGCUUGUGUUUUGUUUCUUGUGUUUGAAUAGGGUGGGCAGAUGAAUAGAAC